UCAGCCUCCCUAAAAUCAUCUCAAUCUUCACUAAAUCCUACUUCUUUCUUGUAUCUUGCUUAAUCCGUUGUUUUCUUGCACCACCACCAUGGCGGAGGAGCACCACCACCGCGGCCUCUUUCAUCACAAAAAGGACGACGAGACGCCGAUUGAGGCAGUGGCCUAUUCCCAAGAGACCACCUACGGAAGUGGCGGCUAUGGCGGCGGUGGCGAUGGCUACGGCGCCGGCAGCGGGGGCUAUGGCGGCGGUGGCGAUGGCGAUGGCUACGGAGCCGGCAGCGGCGGCUAUGGCCGCGGCGGAGAUGGCUACGGAGCUGGAGGAGGUGGCGAUGGCUACGGAGCCGGCGGAGGUGGCUAUGGCCGCGGUGGCGGUGGCGAUGGCUACAGUGGAGGGUACAGUGAGAACACAGAAGUUGUGACCUCCGCUAUUUAUGAGGAGCCCGCCAAAGACUACGAGAAGGAGGAGAAGCAGCACAAGCAUCACGAGCACCUCGGCGAGCUCGCUGCCGGGGCCGCCGGCGUUUUCGCCUUGCACGAGAAGCACAAGGCGAAGAAAGAUCCGGAGCACGCACACAAGCACAAGCUAGAGGAAGAGAUAGCGGCGGUGGCGGCGGUGGGGGCCGGCGGGUACGCGUUCCACGAGCACCAUGAGAAGAAAGAAGCAAAGGAAGAGGAGGAAGAGUCAGAAGGAAAGAAGCACCACCACCACCUCUUCUAGGCUUAAUUAAUUAUAUAUAUGAAUUAUGCAUGAAUCUGCUGAAACUUCUGAUUUUCUUUGUCGUCAGUGUGUGUGUGUGUUUAGUUGACCAUCAGUUGGUAGCUUCCCUAAAUAACUACCACCCUCUGGUGGCUGCAACGGCUGUGUCUGUGUGUUGUUAAUUUGCCUCAUGGAGAUAUUAUUAUAUAUAUAUAUGUAUAUAUCUCCAGCUUUAUAUAUAUAUAUGUGAUGUGUAUUCAA